CUACUGUUCAUUCUUACCGACUUCCGCCAGAUGUCGCUGUUAAGUGGCCGCAUUGACGACUGCGGAGAAGGUCAACACAAACACUGAAAACAGUAAAGCCAGAACGACGUCGAUGGGUUUAUCGUACAUUUUCAACAUUUAUUUGAAGGCCAAAGGAACGUUGAAUCACGAGGACUUUAUGCAGCUCACGUGAGUGACUGAAAGUGACCACUGUGUAAAGGAUGAUCCAGUCAUGAUUCGUGUUCAACAAGAUAAACACGUUGACCGGAAAAUUCCUCCAACUAUUCUACGGUUAAAACCACUGUUGUUGCUAUGGUUUUUACAGUUCUUAAUCAGCACGUGCAAAGGAAAUCUAGCGAAUAGCAGAAGAAAAGUGUUUACGGAAUGUGGGGUAUGGUUGACCGAACCUUCUGGUGUGAUUUCUACCCCUAAUUUUCCGAAACCUUAUCCUGUUCCCAUUAAAUGCACGUGGGUUAUAGAAGCCCCUAAGGGUAAAGGUAUUGCCGUGUAUUUCACACAAUUCUAUAUGAGAGAAGGGGUUCGAAUUUCGGAGUAUGACUUCUUUGAUAAAUCAACCACAAUCUCGAAGGGGGUUUCUAGUAUGGUCAGUUCGGACGCUGAACCUACUCGGUACAUUGGUCUCAAGAGUUACCUGGUGCUUGAUUUCGACGUCCGAGAAAGCGCCAACGUCCACAUGAGAGUGAUGGACUUUUUCCUGGACGUCUACGGUUUUAAUGUUACAUACGAAGUCAUCGACCAACAGAAGGACGGACGAAGAGAUCCUUGCAUUGAGAAUCACUGCUCCUUCAACGGACUCUGCUACGCUUCUGCAGACUUUAAGACUUACGCGUGCACGUGUUUCGAGCCCUAUUACGGUGACGAAUGUAAAUACUCGCCCGACUGUGGACCAAGUUCUAACGAUACUAUGUGCUGGAAUGGGGGUUCCUGCAGACACUACAUUGGAUCCAGAGCUCGAAAAUGCGAGUGCCCUUCGGGCUACGAGGGGGUCUUCUGUGAAAGAAGAGAACUGGAAGUUCAUAGUAUGGACGGCUCAAAGGAUCUCGGAUGCGAGAAGACACCUAACGGUACCCAAGUGUGCGCAUGCCCGUCAGGAAAGCAGUUGGCAGAUGGUUUUAGAUCUUGUAUUGUAAGAGAAACUGUGCGAUACGUUGUGAGCUUCAAGUUACAAUCGUUAAAAGUAGAUAAUACACACUCAACCCCUGAUCCUCAUACUUUGAGUCCGGUCAAGUCAAUGGAGUUAAAACGACAUCUACAAACUGCGUUGUUGUCUUUACUUCAGCAUAGUCUGUCCAGAUUGGAGAGUCUAUUGAUCUUAGAUAUCAAUCACAGAGAAGUCCAGUUCCACUUUUUUUGGUGAGAAAGGGAGACCGAGAAAGUGAAGACACUGAUGGAAAAGGCUGUGAGGACUGGUCAAAUAAGUGACUACAAGGUUGACCCAAACUUUUUUCACUUUGAAAUAAAACCUUCCCUCAACAUCUUAAACCUGAAGACUUCGGAGAAGUUACCAGUUACUGUAGGAAGCCAACUGACCCUGGAGUGUAUCAUCAGUGGGUCAAGUAAGAUGGAAGUCACGUGGUACAAGGAUGGUUUUCCAAUAAACAAAAGUACUUCACACCAGAGAAUGUGGACAGCUGUUGUACCCAAGAACUCCCAAGACCAAUUUACACAUUUGCUUGGGUUUGAUAGGACUGAUGUACUAGAUGCAGGGAUUUUUACUUGUGAAGUUGUGGAAUGGGGCAUCAUAAAAAAACAGAAUAAACAAAUUUAUACCAGGAGUCCUCCACAACCCAAGCUCAUACCACUGACUGCAACUGUGUUGGAAGGAGACAACAUUGAACUGUGGUGUCUGUUACAGGAAGAUGCUUCUGAGAAGUUUGGCUACACUUGGUUAAAAAAUGGAGAGAUUUUGAAUCCCUCUAAAGAACCUGAGAUCGUUGAAGACCUGUUCCGAACAGGGAGUCGACUGGUCAUUAAAUCCAUCAAUUCCUCAGCUACGUACACGUGUAUUGUAACAAGCUCUGCAGGAAGAACAAGCAGGAAAAGUAACAUCACUGUUCUGAAACCUAAUGAUUUUCCAGUCUGUCCAGCACAACGCUUUAAAGGUUUAAUGUGGAAACUAACAGCAGCAAACUCGGAAUAUAAACAUCACUGUCCAAAAGGAUUCAGAG